UCUUAUAUUGAACCAUGCUGCAAGUGAUGCAAACAGCGGUAUGCUGUCUAAUGAAUUGGCGAGAAACGCAACCUGAGCCAGUUGGGUGCUGUUGGACAAAUGCAGUGUCGCCACAUGCUUUCUCUACUUCCCAUAAGACAGUAGUGUGUUCAACGCUGAAGCGUCUCACCUGAAUUCGUGGUAAUCUUCUCGUGGGGCCCUUUCAUUAGAGUGCGAGUAAGACGGUUGACUCAAGGUCAAGAACAACGGCCUUAUUGUUCAGCUGUCAACUUUACAAAACAUGGUUAAAGUCAUAAUGACUAGACGUGUAAUAGUGCAAUCGAAAAAUGUAAAGCUUCAUAUUCAUUGGAGUCUUAGAAUAAGUGACUUGUUUGAUUCCUUCACCUGCAGAUUCUCAUGUACCAUUAUCCCUCUCUCCUGUGAGAGGGGCUUAAUUGCCGGAACCCCAUUCCGAUUGCGGAACGAACAAGAGUGGGUGCCCUCACAUAAAGUUUCAAGCUUUUCGAAUCAUAACAUCGCCACAUCAACUGAACAUCUAAACAACACACAAUGACCGAGAAGAAGGAAAUCAAGGUGGGGGAGAGUUUGAGCAUCGCCUAUCUAGGGCCGAAGGCAAGCUAUACACAUCAGGCCGCGCUCGACGCUUUCCGCGAUGAGUCCUACACUUUGGAUCCGCAAAUCACAAUUGAAGAUGUUUUCUCCGCCGUGCAAGCAGGCAAAGCAUAUCGAGGUGUCGUUCCUUUCGAGAACAGCACAAACGGCUCCGUAGUUUUCACACUUGACCUCUUCGCAGACCUACACAACAGGUAUCCGGAUAUUCUGGUUUGUGGUGAAUCCUACAUUCCUGUGCAACACUGCCUGCUGGGCCACUUUCCAGACGAUAAGCGCGGACCUUCCGCGACGCCAAACACCGCAUCCAACGUGAUUGAAUCACCGCUCAGCUCUGGCGCUGUAACGCCUACCAACAGAGAGCCUAUCCCACAGAAGCCAACGGCCCGGCCAAUUGGCGACCUCUCCCGGAUCCGCAAAAUCUACUCUCACCCACAAGCGUGGGGCCAGUGCAAGAUCUUCCUCAAUGCGUAUUUGAAAGGCAUUGAAAGACAAGAUGUCAGUUCCACAAGCCGGGCGGCUGAACUGGUCAGUGAAGAUGAGAGUGGGACGAGUGCAGCGAUCAGCUCUGCGAUUGCAGCCAAGCUUUUUGGGUUGAAGGUGUUGGCCAAGGGAAUUGAAGAGAGAGGGGACAACACCACGAGAUUUUUCGUCAUCAAACGAAAGGACACAGACGACGACAGAAUAACAGAUCAGGUGGCAAACGAUCAAGAGCAAGCGAGUGCUGAGCAGUGGAAGUCGCUGGUAUCCUUCACUGUAGAUCACGCGAAUCCCGGGGCGCUUGCCCACUCGCUGUCCGUCUUCGAGAGAUAUGGUCUGAACCUCACAUCCAUCAAUACCCGACCCAGCGGCGUAGAGAAUUGGAACUAUAUAUUCUUUGUCGAAAUCAAGGGUCGGAAGAUUGAAGGGAACGAGGAUGAAGGCGAAGUCAACCAGGCGUUGAGAGACCUGGACAAAGUGUGCAGGGGGCGGAGAUGGCUAGGCAGUUGGAGGAACAGACUUCGUGACAGUGUGUAAUCCUGAGAGCAUGAGUUUCUGGGAGAUCCGGCACGGCCCUGCGAUUCUUAACCCGACGUUUUGGGGUCCCCAGGGCGACAAAUUUCGGUUUUCUCAUCUGGAGCGCAUUUCGCAUUUCAAGCCUAUU